ACCCCAUGCUACUGAGCGGAGCUCCUCCUCCGGGCUCCGGCCCCGGGCCGCGGGCGCAGGGCAGCGCCGGGGGCGGCCCCGGGGGAUCUCGCCGCGGGGCUGGGGGUGCGGGGACUGGCCCGGGAGGGGGCGGCAGCGGCGGAGUCGCAAAGUGGCUGCGGGAACACCUUGGCUUUCGUGGGGGCAGCGGCGGAGGGGGCGCCAAGCCCGCCCCCCCAGAGCCCGACUACCGCCCCCCAGCGCCCUGCCCGGCCGCGCCCCCUGCGCCGCCCCCGGACAUCCUGGCCGCCUACAGGCUGCAGCGUGACCGCGACUUUGAGGACCCCUACUCCGGGAGCUCGUCCGUGUCUGCCGCCCUUUCCACCCCCGCCGCCCCUGGCCCCACUCCGCCCCCGCGCCACGGCUCACCCCCGCACCGCCUCAUUCGAGUCGAAACCCCCGGCCCCCCAGCGCCCCCUCCGGAGGAGCGGAUCUCCGGACCCCAUGCCAGCAGCGACAGGUUGGCAAUCCUAGAAGACUAUGCAGACCCGUUUGAUGUUCAGGACACUGCCGAAGGCUCAGGAGGAACUUCAGUUGUUCCAGAGAAGGUCCCUGAAAAUGAUGGCUACAUGGAGCCUUAUGAAGCCCAAAAGAUGAUGGCUGAGAUCCGGGGUUCUAAGGAGACUGCAGCCCAGCCCCUACCUCUCUAUGACACACCCUAUGAACCAGAGGAUGAGGGGGGCAGCCCAGAAGCUGAGGGGACUCCCUGGCCCAGGGAAUCCCGCCUGCCGGAGGAUGAUGAGAGGCCUCCAGAAGAGUAUGACCAGCCCUGGGAGUGGAAGAAGGAACGGAUUUCCAAAGCCUUCGCUGUUGACAUAAAGGUCAUCAAAGACCUACCUUGGCCUCCGCCUGUGGGACAGCUGGACAGCAGCCCCUCCCUGCCUGACGGGGACAGGGACAUCUCCGGUCCAGCUUCACCCCUCCCAGAGCCCAGCCUGGAGGACAGCAGCGCCCAGUUUGAAGGAUCGGAGAAGAACUGCCUGUCGCCUGGCCGGGAGGAGAAGGGGCGGCUACCUCCCCGGCUUUCUGCUGGGAACCCCAAGUCAGCCAAGUCCCUAGGCGUGGAGCCCAGCAGCCCUCUGGGGGAGUGGACAGAUCCAGCACUGCCUCUGGAAAACCAGGUCUGGUACCACGGGGCAAUCAGCCGCACAGACGCCGAGAACCUUCUUCGGCUGUGCAAAGAGGCCAGCUACCUGGUGCGCAACAGUGAGACCAGCAAGAAUGACUUCUCUCUCUCCCUCAAGAGCAGUCAGGGCUUCAUGCACAUGAAGCUGUCCCGGACCAAGGAACACAAGUACGUGUUGGGCCAGAACAGCCCACCCUUCAGCAGCGUCCCUGAAAUCGUGCACCACUACGCCAGCCGCAAGCUGCCCAUAAAGGGGGCGGAACACAUGUCCCUGCUCUACCCUGUGGCCAUCCGGACUCUGUAGAUGUGAGACCAGGGCACUAUGAUAGUGGAGCCAGCCUUUGCCACCUGCCCGAGGGCUGUGGUUCUUACCAAGGACAUGAUGUCACGAACCUGGCUUCCCCUUGUCCUACGACCUAGUAGGCGCUGAAGAUUCCUUAAUUUAUUGUAAAGGGGAAGGAAUCCUGGGCCUUGGAGUAAAGGGGCGGUGUGGGGCUGGGAACAGAGGAAAGCCUGAGGAGGAAGGAGGCUCCCGCGCCACCGUCCUCUGCCCCCUCCCCUCUCUCCAUCCCUCAGCCCCGGUCCCCAGAGGGCCCUCCCGGGCCCCGGGCCAGAGGCUCGGCCAGGCACGGCCGCCGGCGCCGCCCAGGGGCUGACGGGAGGGGCGGGAGCGAGCGCAGACUGUUUAUAAACCCGCGCCGGAGCCGCCGCCGGCCGCCUGCGAAAAUCACUGUCGAAGC